GACUCCCAGCUGCUGCUGCGGCCAGCCCGUCGCCUGCCCAGCCUGUCCCCUGCCCAGGCCUGUCACCGUGCGCCUCUCAGCAGGGCUGCGGGAUGAAGGAGGGCAUGUCCAGCAACAGCACCACCAGCAUCUCGCAGGCCCGCAAGGCCGUGGAGCAGCUCAAGAUGGAAGCCUGCAUGGACAGGGUGAAGGUGUCCCAGGCAGCUGCGGACCUCCUGGCAUACUGUGAGGCCCACGCCCGGGAGGACCCUCUGAUCGUCCCCGUGCCUGCGUCAGAAAACCCGUUCCGAGAGAAGAAGUUCUUCUGUACCAUCCUCUGACUCUGGGUGAAGAGCCUCCUUCCUGGACCACCCCUGGGGACCCGCAUGCGCAGCUUUAGGGAGCCCCCUCCAUCCCUGCCCAUCCUGCCCAGCCACGACCGUGGGGGCCGGUUUUGUCUGUCCCUUGGUGUCUUCAUUGCAUCAAUUUCACUUUUUCUUUUCAUUUUCAUGUUAUUUGCAUUAUUGGCCAAGACAGCAGACAUUUUUGUAGCCAAAUAACAAAUGUGCCAAGUAAAAAUAAGUAUGGAUUUAAGGGCUUAAAUAUUUAAACAUCAGUUCCCAAGUUUAAAUACAUCAAGUUAACACCUUUCAGUGGAUAAUUUAUUGAAAAACUAUACCCAAGAAUCCCCCAUUCUCAUCAUUCAGCAUCAGAUAAGAGCAUUGGACCAACUAAAAUACGUGAGUAAAACUUUCAUCUCCUUCCCUGGAGAAAGUUCUGGAAGGUCCCUAGUUCUGCUUUUCCACCAUCCUAUUAAAAAGGAAACAACCCACAGCAGUGACAGUUUUCUUAACACAUGUGGCCAGGGGCCCAGGCCCUGUUUCCCACUGAGUGUCACUGACCACUCCGGAGGUGGUCCCUCUACAACUACAGAUGCGGGGGAUGCUGUACAUGUGACUCCAGCUGCCAAGGGUGCCAUCUCCCCUCUCCAACGACACCUCUUCCCACUCCCUCCUGUCUGGCUCCUUCUUGGGGCUUCGGACACGGCGGCGUGAGUAAAGGCCACUCUAGGCUCAACACGGCCUGGGGGUUUCACCAUGGUGGCCCUGCCCCGGAGGGAUGAGUCACAGGGACAGCAGAUCUGGGCAUUGACAAGUAUUCACUUAUGUAAUCUUCCAACAAUAAAUAAAUCCCAUGAGCAUAUCUGUUUUAAAGAGAGGGAAACUGAGGCACGGGAAGAUGAUGUCGUUUCCCCAGGGUUAUAGACAGUAAACAGGAAACCUGGGACUUGAGGGCAGGCAGCCUGGCCCCAGAGCCCUGCCUGAACCCCUGGGCUACACUGCCCUCCAGGUCGACCUGGAGCAACCUGAGAGAUUCUGUGAAGCACUGUGGCCGCGGCCGGCUCAGCAGCACCCGUCUCUCCCCCUCUGCCAUGAGGUGCAUGCCCGGCCCGUGUUCCUGUCGUUGAUGGGCGAUGAUACGUGGAGGCCCCAGUGGAAGGGUAGACAGCCUCUUGGUUUUCCUGACAUGAACUUGCAGGCCCUUCCCAGGCAAACUCAAACCACCCUGCAGAACGAAGACACUAACCCAGAGCAGAGAGUGCGUUGUCUAAGUUGAUUCUAGUCUCUGGAAACUGCCUCUGUCCCUGGUCCUGAUGGGACAUGCUGUGUGAGCAAGACGUUUCUUAAAUCUUCUAACCUGCAGAAUGGGGAUAGUGGUGAUGACACCUCCUGCAUUCUGCCGAGGACACAGAGAGGAAAGCUGUGGUUACCAUUUAAAACAAAUAAGUGUGCUAAAUGCCGAGAUGUCAUAUAAUAUAAGGAGGGAUGCGUGACUGCAAAGGCGCAUGGUUCAGUUGGAGGGCCGGCGUAAAAUUGCCUACACAGAGGCAAAUAUAAUUUCCAGAUCGGUUAAUGACUUGCCACCCUUGUAAAUGGUUUUAGUGGACUUUUAUCCUUUGCUGCUUUUGUUGAAACCCAUUCUUAGCUUCAUUAAAGCGCACGGAUAAUACCAGUGUUGUUAGGAAGCUGUGUGCUCAGACUAUAGGAGAAUUGUUUGCUCUGUGUGAUAAGACGUCGGGCCCUCCUCUCUUCAGUUUAUGACCAGGAUCUCUUUAUUCUGUGGUCCAUGUCAACAUCAUUAACCUGAUAAAACAAAGCACAACCCAUAAAAGCACAUCCGAGUAGCUGAGAAAGUAGGACAGCACAGAACCGGCCAAAUCAGGUAAAACAAAACAAACAUGCUUCCGUCCCUCCCCACACUUUCCCUGUUUGUCUGUCCAUACUCUGCCCCCCUCCCCUCUCCCUCACGUUCCUUCAUGAGACCUUUCGUCCUUGCACACACCUUCUCCUUCCAAACCUAUGGCCUUUUGUGUGGCUUCCCCCUUCUGAAGUGUCCGUGAACUCUGCCGGCUUCUUGAAGGCAGUCAGGCCAUGGGCUGUGAGAUUCACAAACGUGUGACUGGUCCCAUCCCCCGCUAGCCGUCAUCAGGAGGUGAGUGGCAUGGGGUGCGCCUGUGGUGGGCACUUGUCAUUGUGUUUCCAGCUUGGCUGUCCAGCAUCUGACACCCCUUCCCACAGGGAAGAAUCACCCCUUACAUAUCAACUUAGGGGGGUGCAGUGUCCCCUGCCUCUGUGAUGCUCAACUGGGAGGUCUCCCCUGUCUCUUGGAUGAACCCCCUUUCUAGCACUGACUGGCCAGGGAGUGGCCAGUGACCCGGGGUGAACAGCCUGGACUCCCUGCUUGGGAUGUGACCCUGGAGCCGAUAACACAGAAGUGACAGGAUGCUGAGGUUUGUUUCCUGGGAGCUGCAGUGGUCCAGGGGCAGCUGUGGCCCAGCUGAGGGCGUGUCCGGGACCGCUGUGUCCACUGGUACCAAUGUCCCGGAAUGACAGUCCUGAGCCGAGCAUUCCUGCUCCGUUUCUCAGCCCCACUGAGCUGUCUCGGCUCCCACCCAUCUUCCUAGGUUUCCUUUUCAGCUAUUUGUCAGUUCUUUGAGCCUCCAGGUUCCAUCCAAUAAAUUCCUGUUCCUCCAUGAAAUAGCCUGGGUUGAGUGUGCAUAUCGUAUAAGCUAACAGCCCUGCUCCCAGGUAUAUUCCCAACGGAAAUGUGUGCUGUGUUCACCAGAGAAAUGUACUGUGUUCAGAGAAGCACUACCCAUAGCAACCCCAGACUGGAAAGCACCCCCGUGCGCAUGUUGAAUGGAUAUUCGAUAGCGGCACGUUCGCACGGUGGACUUCACGCAAUGAGAAUGAACUAGAGGCCCGCAGCCGCACACGCCCUCCGGCGCCGGGGGCGUGGGUCGCGGGAGAUGAGGCAAGCAGGUGCUGCGUGGUCCCAUUUCUGUAGGUGUGAGACCCGCCCCAGCCAGUCUGUGCCGCUGCAGGCCCUCGAGGGGCCGGUGGCCAGGAGGGGUGUGGGGAGGUGGUUUUGGGGAGGUGGUUUCUUUAUCUGUUUCUUGAUCUGGACACACUGGGUGUGUCCAGUUUGUGAAAAUUCUUAGCUGUACACAUCUGAUUUGUGCACUUUUCUGUAUGUAUGUUACACUUCAAUAAAGAGUUGGUUUUUGUGGCUAGCA